UCUCUAUUAUAUAUUAUUUUUUUCAUUAUUGUUUUUUUUUUUCAAGAAGUAAAAAAUUGUUUGCUCUCGUUAGCUAGUGAGGAAGCUUUCAACCAAACCAGUAGCUUGACUGAUGAAUUCCACGCGCUUGAUUCAUCAACAUAUUUUCUACGAACCAAACAAAUAAAACAUAUGAAAAAACAGGCCAAGCUUCCUUCAGUGCAUAUAAAUAUAGGACAUCGCAUCUUCUCCCAAACACAAAAUUAAUGAGCGAAGGCAAAUGGAAACCUCAAGCUUUUCAUCGUUUUCGACCAUUUUUGGCCUUCUCCUCCUCUCACUUUCACUAGUAACAUCUUCUAAAAUUCACGAAAACUUUCUUCAAUGCCUUUACCUUUCUGAGAACUCCCCUUCCAUCUCCAAAGUCAUCUACACCCAAGCAAAUUCUUCUUAUGCGUCAAUCCUGCAGCUCCCCAUACAGAACCUGCGAUUCUUGACACCCACCACACCCAAACCGCUAGUCAUUGUUACUCCUCUGCAAGAAUCUCACGUUCAAGCAGCCGUUAUUUGUUCGAAAAAAUAUGAUAUGCAGAUUAGAGUUCGAAGUGGAGGUCAUGACUUCGAGGGUCUUUCCUUUGUUGCCGACGUCCCGUUUGUCGUCAUCGACCUAAUAAAUCAUCGGUCCGUCGGGGUCGAUGUCGAAAAUAGUACGGCGUGGGUUCAAGCUGGCGCCACCAUUGGAGAAGUUUACUACGGAAUUGCGGAAAAGAGUAAAACCCUUGGCUUCCCGGCCGGUGUCUGCCCCACGGUGGGAGUGGGCGGGCACUUCAGCGGAGGAGGCUAUGGCACACUGAUGCGCAAAUAUGGCCUCGCUGCGGAUCACGUGAUCGACGCUCGCUUGGUAGAUGUUAAUGGAAGAAUCCUUGACAGAGAAACUAUGGGGGAGGAUCUCUUUUGGGCCAUCAGAGGAGGGGGAGGAAGUAGCUUUGGAGUCAUUCUUGCGUGGAAAAUAAGCUUGGUUCCAGUUCCAUCAACGGUAACAGUCUUCAGAAUCAACAGAACCUUGGAACAAAAUGCAACUUACCUUGUCCAUCGGUGGCAGUAUGUUGCAGACAAGCUUCCUGAAGACCUAUUCAUUAGAGUCAUCCUAAGAACCGUAAAUUCGACUGCAGACCCGAGGAAUCGGACAAUACAAGCUACCUUUAGUACCUUCUUCCUUGGUGGGGUUGAAAAGCUUCUUCCCUUGUUGCAAGAGAGCUUUCCCGAAUUAGGGGUCACGAAUGAAGACUGCAGCGAAAUGAGCUGGAUCGAAUCGGUCCUCUUCGUUGCGGGAUUCCAGCGUGGGCAGUCCCUAGAUGUUUUGCUCAACAGAACUCCUACCGUCCGGGCCUUUUACAAGGCAAAAUCAGACUAUGUGGUGGAACCCAUUUCAAAAAUUGGGUUGGAGGGGAUAUGGGAGAGGUUUUACGAAAUGGAGGUUGGGGCAGCCCAGAUGCUGUUGACGCCAUUCGGUGGAAUAAUGAAUGAGAUUCCGGACGACGAAACCCCUUUCCCACAUAGAGCAGGAAACCUGUACCAAAUCCAGUACUUGCUGGUUUGGGGAGAACAAGGGGCUGUGGCUUUCAAUCAGCAUAUAGGUUGGAUGAGAAGGCUUUACAAUUACGUGGCCCGUUAUGUCUCGAAAAAUCCAAGAUCUGCGUACAUCAACUAUAGGGAUCUUGACUUGGGAAUUAAUAACAAAGGUGUCAAGACAAGCUACAAACAGGCAAGCAUUUGGGGCCUUAAAUAUUUCAAGAACAACUUCAACAGAUUAGUGCGUGUGAAAAGCAUGGUUGACCCUGGUAAUUUCUUCAGGAAUGAACAAAGCUUUCCUUCCCUUUACGCAAGUAAGAAGAAGAGAGGUCAUAAUUAGAUUCUGCAGGGAAAAUAAAUUUCUGCAGUGUCAUAUUAAUUUGUACGGACUUAUUUACACCGAUUAUUGAUGGUGAUCUAUUUGCAGUAGUCAUCAUAUACGAUUGUCAUAAAUAUUUGUUUUCUAAGGAUUUUCCAGCAAGUCAUUUGUCUUGCUUCCCUUAAUGUAAUUCAAAACGCUGAAUAUCACGGAAUACCAAUUUCAAGGUGUGACACUCAUCAAGGCUUUCCCUUGAUAGAGUCAGUCAAUUUCUACAUGUUCAA